GAAUGGUGAAGCUGGGGAGUAAUUUGAGUGACAAGAACAGCAAACAACCAUCCAGUGAAGAUGGUUUUCAGACAGUUCCUUUGAUCACACCCUUGGAAGUAAAUCAUCUGCAGUUCCCAGCUCCGGAAAAGGUGAUUGUGAAAACAAGAACAGAAUAUCAGCCUGACCAGAAGAACAAAGGAAAACUCAGGGUGCCAAAAAUUGCUGAAUUCACAGUCAGUUUCACUGAUGGCGUAACAGAAAGAUUAAAGGUCACUAUUCUCAUAAGUCUGGCUCUUGCGUUCCUUGCCUGCAUAGUCUUUCUUGUGGUAUACAAAGCCUUUACUUAUGAUCACAGUUGCCCAGAUGGAUUUGUUUAUAAGCAUAAGAGAUGUAUCCCAGCCUCCCUGGAUGCCUAUUACUCAGCACAGGAUUCCAAUUCCCGGGGCAGAUUCUAUACUGUCAUAAGCCAUUACAGCAUGGCUAAGCAAACCAGCUCACGGUCUGUAUCACCCUGGCUUUCUUCGGGAUCGGUAAACCAUGAAGCCAAGGCUGCCAAGACAGAAGGCCAUUAAAACUACUCAGUGGUGACGGGAGGGGUUGGGAGUAGGGAAACAACACCGUGUCUAUGAAGUAUCGCUCUGCCUCAGAGAGGGCGCAGUGCUAACAGCACAAGAAGAAGAAAUGAAACUCAAGUGCAGGAGUCAUCUUAAUUGAUAUUUCUUUUCGUGCAUUGUUCUCGUUGAUUUGUAACCGGGCCAAGCUCUUGUACAAAGGCAUGUUUGAUGUUAACUGUAACUUUACGAUGUAAAAAUAUUUUUAAAAUCAUUGCUUAAAUAUUUGUUAGAAAAAUAAAUGAAAAAACAAAAAAAGCAAAUUCAGAAAACAACCAGAGAGGAUGGAAUCAAGCAAAGAGAAUCUCCCAUAAACUGUAUCUUUGGCAGAAAGGUGUGACCCUAGAGCAGUAUGUAACGGAAGAACAUUUAAAUACCUUGUUUGACAUGCAGGGGUAGGGGGAAGUCUUUUACGAAUCAUGUCACUGGGUAGUUAAACUUGCCAGAGCAGGGUCCUUCUACUGGCAAACUGAGCUGCGCAAAAUACGGUAUCAGCAUUAGUUUGUGGCCAGAGAAGUACACACGCAUGUGUGUUCAGUCUGAGGCCUGAAUUAAAAACAGAAAGAUCUAAGGAUUUGGAAUACACAGUCAUGGUAUUGGAGAUCUUCAGUGGGUUUGUCAGGAUUAAGUAUUUUGGACAUAGAGCAGGAGAAGGAAGCUGUUGUGUUUAAAUCUCUUCAGCACAGGACCGGGAGUCAGGCUCUAUUGCCAGUUCUGCCACAGAUUACCUGUGUGAUCUUGGACAAGUCACAUGGGGCCUGAGCACUUCUUUGGAGAGCAAAGAAACAAAUAACUUCAUUGUAAGUCUAGGAUGCUUAGCACCUCGCAGGAGAGGGUUAGCACCUUAAAGGAUCAAGCCCCCUCUGUGCCUCAUUUCCCCCUUGUCCUUAUUUCAUGGACACUACUUAUGCGGGGAUUGUGAGGGUUUGUCUGUUGGUAUGUAAAAUAUUUGGAGAGUUAAUGAUAGACAGUGCUAUCAAAAUUCAAAAUAUGAGUUGACUUAUAAACCCGUGAACGUAAAAACAAACCCCAAGCCGAGUCCAGCCCUGUACAGUGUUCAAACACAGCCCAGUAUCUAGCAUGUAAACUGAUCUGAGCAAGCACGUCUGUUUUGUAAGACUUGAGCAAAAGGAAUUUUCUUUUCCAGAGCUGCCACCCAAAACAUCGCAGUGUGACAGUUAAAAUACUUGUGAUCGCAGUCAGCUUGAGUUCAAAAGAAUAAGCACCAGGAGUAGGACAAGACAGAUGUUUGGGUUUGGAGUUUAAGGUUUGCAUUUCACCAAGACUGCUGAUCAGAUUUGUGGGUGUUGCAGGCUAGAAACUGGGAGCCAAACCCACUGGGCAGAGUUUUGUCCUUCAUUAUGCACACACAGCUGCUAGGGGUUUGAAUGGGACUAGCCUGGUGUAAAUGGGGGCAGGACUGAGCUGACAGGAGUCAUGAUAAGCAAUUGUAUAGUAUAGCUAAAACUGUAGUGCCAAACCCCAUCGUCUGGCUCCCCCUUCCUCCAUAUUUCACCUGUAAAUUCAUUUCUCACUUGAAAUGUACAAACCCCACCACAGAAAAAUCAAAACUCCGACAAACGACUGAACAAUUUAUAAUUUUGUGGUGUGUGUUUUGUCAGUAGGUAGCGGAGACUGAAGUAUUUUUUGGUGUAAUUCUUGAACUUUUCUGACAGGAAAAAUAAAGCUAGAUGUGUCUGAGAGUCUCAACUGCCCCGA